UUAGAUCUCCUCCGUAAAAGUGUUGAUAAUCCAACGCAGUCACUCAUCAUAUCACCAUUCUCGAUAGCUGUUGCACUAGCGAUGACUUACGCUGGUGCGGGAGGGGACACUUACGUGCAAAUGAAUCGAAUUCUUGCUGGAGGUGAAUCGAAUGAAGCGUUCGAGAAAUACUUCCGUACAAUUCUGGAAGGGAUUGAAAAUAAGCCAGAGCGUGACUCCUUUUCAAUAGGUCCAGCAUUCCAACUGGACACAGCCAACAAGAUUAAAGAUCUCGUUAGAGCAGAUAUGUUCAACAAACUAACAAGUAUGGUGCUUGUCAAUGCGAUCUAUUUCAAUGGUUCUUGGCUGAAUCCGUUUGAAGAUCUAAGAACUAAAAAAAAGACAUUCUAUCAGGCUGCAGACUCAACCAGAGAGGUUGAAAUGAUGUUCAACGACGGCUAUUUUCCAUAUUACGAAAACGACAAGGUUCAAGUUCUUGGUUUACCUUACGAAGGCUAUCAGGUGUAUAUGUACGUCUUCUUGCCAAAAGACAAGUACGGCUUAGAAGAAUUCGAGAAAUCAUUGAAAGGUGAAGAAUUACUGAAACUGAUUUCCGAAACGAACUCAAUGGACGCCAUCGUUGAAUUGCCGAAAUUCAAAAUUGAGGAAGAAUUCCAGUUGGUGAAAGCACUUAAAAAGAUUGGUAUCGUUGAUGCAUUCGAUAAGGACGCCAACUUCAGCGGGAUUUUGUAUGACCCUUUGAAGGCUCCCAGUGAUAAUAAAAAAUUCAUUGAGGUUGAGUUGCCGAUACUCAUGCUUAACGAACAAUUCAAGUGGGUUAGAGUUGUUAAGAAGUUUCGUACCGUUAAGACAUUCGGUGAUAACGCCAACUCCAACGGGAAUAGUGAUGUUCCGUUGCAGAUUUCCGAUGUUAUUCAUAAAGCUUUCUUUGAGGUGAACGAGAAAGGAACAGAAGCAGCCGCAGCAACUGCUAUCAUCACUAACCGAAUCACAUCACUGGAGUAUAUUCGCCCUCGCCCACCUCCGGUCAGGUUUAUUGCUGAUCAUCCGUUCAUGUUUGCGUUGGUCAAGAGCAAUACCAUUCUUUUCAUUGGACAUUAUUAUUGA